CCCAGAAACCAACAGUUUCAACGAUCCAAUCGCCUGUGUGAGCGGGGAUACCGUAUGCGCUGAUUGGUUUGUUGAACCCAGAAUCAGGAAACUCAUAAACACAGUUGUUGAGAAUGGAGGCUAGGGAGUCGGGCGCCGCUUUUAAAAAGGAGACUGUCUUCAAACUGCUGUCGCUGUACUUCAAGGAUGACAAAACAAAAGUGAGCAGUGACGCGAUUGUCCUUAUGGCUGAAAUGUUGAAGAUAUUUGUUAAAGAAGCCGCGAUCCGAGCAUCGAAGCAGGCUCAUACCGAAGACUGUGACUGCGUCCAAGUAGAGCACUUCGAAAAGAUCCUGCCACAGCUGCUUUUAGACUUUUAGCGUCCUUCACCCACUAGAGGGCACCAUUGUUCUAUCCUCCAGCUGCACAGUGGAGUUUGUGUCCCUCAACAUCUUGCAAGCAACGUCUCUUCAUUGUUGUAUGUACUGGAGUAAGGGCCUGAAGCAAACAUUGCCUGAUUUUAUUUUUUUCUGUUUGAAUAUUUAAUAACAAUACUAUGGAUUUUCAAACCCUAAUACAGUAGAGGCAUUUGUGAUUUAAGUUGCCCUGUAAAGGAUAGACCGUCUUUACCACUUGUUAAAGUAACAAAACAAAAAAUAAGCACAUUGGGUAUUUCCUUCUGUGACUUUAAAAGGUGUUUUGUUUUCAUCUUUUGAAAAGAACACCCGCCAUGUUGGAGUAAAAGUAUUUAAAGGUAGAUGGACCUGUUUUGUUGUUGACGUAAUAAACAUGGUUUGUUUUUCUA